UUCGCAUGACGUCAGAUGGGGCAAAGUUUUUGUUGAUUUGUCACACUGCACUGAUAAGGGUCCUAAACUCCUAUCUGUUGAAGGUGAAAAAUUUCCUUUUUAGUGAGCCCUCCGUCCUUUGAAUUCUUUUAAACCUUAUUUUUACUCCCGAUAUUGUCCUUCUUGUGUGCAUUGCCCCAAACUCCAAUCGACGAUUUGACCAUGCAUGCAGCGAAUAAUGUUUCCGAUCCACGCAGACCUGACAAACAAAACAGGUAUAAACCUCCAGCGGGUCACAGCAAUGCUGCAGAUGACCUUACCUACGACUGUAUGAACCUUCUCGGCAUGAUAUUCAGUAUGGUUGGAUUGAUGAUGCGGUUGAAAUGGUGUGCAUGGAUGGCGCUAUAUUGCUCAUGCAUAAGUUUUGCUAACUCUAGAGUGAACGAUGAUGCUAAGCAGAUCCUCAGUAGCUUCAUGUUAUCAAUUUUUGCCGUCAUCAUGUCCUACAUGCAGAACCCUCAACCGAUGACUCCUCCAUGGGCUCAGUUGAUUUAGCGAAGCCUCUCUCCCGAUAUUUUUUGAAAGUCACGUUUUUUCAAAAAUGUGUCAUGGAAACAGCAAACAUGUACCUACUUUACAAGACUGAGCCCAAAUAGCUGAAGAUUAUUGUUGAUUUGAGUUUCAGAGUGAUUUGAGCAACCUAUAAGUAGGUUUCUUUGCUAGUGUAAGUAUGUCAGGGGUUGAUUCAAUGGUCAACAGAGCAUGAACCUGAGUAAGGAUUAUUUUAAAUAGUAAAAUGGAAUGUUUUGGUAAUGGUAUUGGUGAAAUUACUGGCAUCACCAGUUGUAACUGAUGAUGUCAUAAUGGCAGUAUUUUUCCAGAAUAAAUUUAUUGUAAAAGCUUUAGUUAAGUAGUACAAACAAUUUCAAUUUUGUAAGCAGAACCCCUCACUACAAAUCUAGCUACCUGUUUUUUUUUAAGAAGUGGGUUGUGUAUUUGAAGGGAGCAAUGUGUUAGAAAAUUUCUUAGGUUUAUGAUUCAAUAUGUAUACAUUACAUACUUCCCAAUUUUUCAGAAGUCAGGAUAUUUCCAUUUUUAUAAAUAGAUUUAAGGGUUGAAGCUGACACUUGGCGAUAUCUGCCGUAUCAUAAAUAUUUGUGGCUUUGUUACAUUUGUUGGAUUUUUAACUAGUAUUUUGUGUCAAAUUAUUUAACUUUUUCUCUUGUUGACUAUGUACUAAGUUUUCUGUCACAAUUAUUUUUUUAUUGAACAGUUUUUCUUCAAAUUUUUCUAAAAAGUGUUUGUUUUACCUCUUUGUUUUGUACAUUAUUUGGAAGCGCUCUGAAUUAUAUGAAAUAAAGAAGAAAAGAAACGUUUAUUUUUA